GAGAAUUUAAGCAUUCAAGAUUGUAAGGAGGACAUAUUUGAUUUUUAAAUUUUUUAUUUUUCUUUUAUGUUUUGAAGAAUUUUACCUUUGCAAAUUAACUUCGGAUAUCAUUUAAGAGAAGUCAUGGCUGUCCAAGGUAAAAAAGCCACCAAACAAUUUUCAUCAUCAACAACUUCUAUGGGUUCUGAUGAAGAUCUCAAAGUUUACUGUCAACCAUGCGAUCGAGAUGGACCUAGACUUCCUGCUCACGGCUAUUGUACAAACUGUUCAGAGCAUUUGUGUGAAACAUGCUUUACAGUUCACAAAAGACAUACAUUAUCAAGACACCAUACUUUACAAGACAAAUCCAGCAUGCCACAGACUCUGUCACCUGUAACUCCAAGACAACCAGAUAACUUCACAAAACCAUGUCCUAAACACAACAUGGAGAUGAUCAAGUUUUACUGUCAUGACCAUGAAGCUUUACUCUGUAGUGUUUGUGUCACACUUGACCAUACUGCAGCAUCUUGCAAAGUCAAUUAUAUACCAGACAUUUCAGACAAGGUCACAGACAGCAAAGAUUAUCAAGACAUAUUGAAGGAUAUCAAUGACAUGACAGAAAGAUCUAGCAAAACACUUCAAGACAUUAAGAAACGAAAUGAUGAAUCAAACAAAUCCUUAUCAAAUGCUUUGACAGACAUAAAAAAAUUCCGGACAAAAAUCAACCAAAGGCUGGAUGAAUUAGAAAGUAUAGUCAAGGAGGCUGCACAAGUCAUCCAAAAAGACAAUAGCAAGGCUUUGAUGAAAGUAGAAACAGUAUGUGGAGAUGUACAAAUAAGUCUGAAGUCAUCAAUGGAUGCCGUUAAACAUUUCAACACAUCCAAACAAGCCAAUGAUUUGUUCAUGGAACUAAAACAAGCCAAACAGAUGAUAAAAGAUUACAAGCAGAAUGUUACCUUGCUCUCAGAAACUGAAGUCAAAGAAUACAACUUUGAACCAAAUGAGGCAAUAUCAAAUCUACUUGAUAAAGAGAAAUCCAUUGGGACAUUGAGCAGCAAAACAUUACAACCUGAUUUGAAGUCUAGACCAAAGUUACAUCUGUUGGAUAAAAUCUGUAUCAAAACAUCACGAGAUACAGACCAUUGCUGUAUACGAGGAAUGACUCUCCUUACUUCUGAUCUUCUAAUUGUCACAGAUUGGUUCAACAAUGCCAUAAAAAUGAUUGAUAUCAACAGAAAGUCUGUACUAGCUCAGCAAAGCUUUGCGAGUCAACCUACUGAUGUCACAUCAGUUUCACAAAAUGAAGUAGCAGUCACACUUCCAAGCAACUAUACUGUUCAGUUUAUAAAUAUAUCUCAAAAUAACUUCCGCAAUAAGCACACUGUGAAGGUUGAUGGAAAAUGUUCCGGUAUUCGCUGUCAUAAAGACAAAAUGGUUGUGUCAUUUUUGCAUCCUCCAAAAGUUCAAAUCCACCUUAUCAAUGGAACUUUAUUACAGACAAUACAAGAUGAACAUAUAUUCAAAACACCAAGAUAUAUUGCAACAAGUGACAAUUUUAUCUAUGUAUCUGAUACUGAAAUGAAAACUGUUACCAAGUUAAACUGGCAGUGUGAGGUGAAAGGCAAAUAUGUUUGUUCAGGACAACCUUACGGCUUGGCAACAUCAGAAGAUGGGAGUUUAUAUUUUUGUAAUUUUGACAGCAAUGCCAUAGAAGAGUUAUCCGAGGACUUUACUGAAGGGGAGAUUGUCGUUAAGGAUAUACAAAAGCCCCAGAAUGUCUUCUGGUCUGCCGAAAGAUGUACACUGUAUGUAAGCAGUAGCUCUGGGAAUGAUACAAAUGAAGAUAACUUUAUCAAAAUGUUCAGAAAGUAAUAAUUAGAUAAAUCGCUGGGAUGUGUAUAAAUGUAUGAAGAAAACAAGACAAGAAGCUAAAUUCAAACACCCUGUUUUGUCACACACCUAUGUAUAACUUGAAGACAGCAGAUUUCUUCAUUUCCCUUGUCUACGCAACUCCUAGAAAGUUUUCAUAUAAUUUUUAUUGCAGAAUAUAUUAACUUGCAGGCGUAAAACUUCACUGCUUCUUGUGUUUCUUCCUGUUCAGGCAGGCCAAAAUUGUACAUCAAAAAUUUGAAGUCAGCUUUGCAGAAAGUGCAUUAUUGAAGGGUCAUUGCGUCAUACCAUCAUGUCAAACAAUUAAGUUCAUGUUAUAUCAUUAGCAGACAAAAUUUUAAGUUUUAUCAACAUGAAUACCAUUGCAGUGACAAUUGUUUGUACCAACAAAUAUAAAGUUGAAUUGCUUGGAGGUACAAGGAACUAUACACAUGUAGUACAUACGGUCAAACCUGCCUAUAGUCACCAUAGUGGUCAGUAAGAGGACUGAGCUAAAAUGACCGCUACAGACAUGGGUCCACAAUAUCCAGAUUGACAUGAAUAUUGUUAUAAGUUAUAAUAAUGGAUGAAUACUGUUGAAAUAUAUUCAUUUUUAUUAAAAAAAGCAAAUACUAUAUCAAUUUGCAAUAAAAUUGAAUCACAGCAAAAUCUAGAUGAAGAUUUUGAUAUAAUGCAAAAAUACUUAAAACCAUCACUUGAAACAGUGAAAUAAGCAUUCAACAAAGACCUCUCAAACAUAUCUCCUCAUAAAAUACCAGAUCAUUCCAUGACAGAGGAUUUAGAAACUACAGACAAACCCAAAGCAAAGGCAAAGGAAAUGCCAAUAGAAAAGAUAAAUGAACCCAAAGUGACAGAAAAAUCAACAGAAAUGCCUGAUUUAUCAAAGAAACAAUCUAAACAUAAUCCGUCAAAGCAAACUAACAAGGAAAAUAUUCUUAGAAUCAAAAUUAAUGCAUGUCAAUGAAACCAAACUACUGUUAUGAAACCUACAGUAACUGUUCAGAAAAGGUCACAAAGGUUUGGAAAGACGGAAGUUCAACAGAAAUUGACACAGAAAAAUGCUGCUAUUAAAAAAGCUGUCUUUCAACAAAACCCUGUUAAAGUAAA